AUGUCUGUUUCUCAGGUCUCCCUCGAGGAAUUUGAAAAAAGAACUGCGGCCUACGUUAAUGUCAUCAACACCCAUUUAGAAACUGAAAUUAUUGCAUUUAGUGAUGAGUUUUUUGCAGAGGCUACCAAUCUGAUAACGUCUACCCCGCCAGUUCGUGAAGCAGGCAGAUAUACUGAAAAAGGUGCUUGGUAUGAUGGAUGGGAAACGAGAAGGCACAAUACUGAGGAGGCCGAUUGGGUAAUUAUCAAAGUUGGUGUAAAUAGCGCUCGUAUUGCCGCCGUUGAGGUAGACACUGCAUUUUUCAAUGGCAAUCAUGCCCCAGCUAUUUCAGUUGAAGGUGUCUAUCUUGAGGGAAAGGUAAACCAGUCAAGUUUUGAUACAGUACAAUGGCAGCCUAUUAUCUCUCAUGUGGAAUGUGGACCCAGUCAGAGACAUUUUUUCGCUCGGGAUGAUGGUUUAACAAAGCAGUCAUUCAAUUACUUGAGAUUAAGAAUGUACCCAGAUGGUGGUAUUGCCAGGUUCCGAGCAUAUGGAUCUCCUGUUCCAGUCUUCCCCGAUGAUAAGUCCGUUGUACUAGAUUUAGCAAGUAUUUCCAACGGUGGUUCUGCUGUUGCAUGGUCAGACAAGCGGUUCUCUGGUCCCGAUAAUUUGCUAUUGCCAGGCAGAGGUCACGACAUGAGUGAUGGAUGGGAAACGGCUCGAUCUAGAACCAAGGGUCACGUUGAUUGGGCAAUUAUUAAAUUAGGUGCCCCUGCCCGUAUUUCAAAGGUGGUGGUUGACACUGCCUAUUUUCUGGGUAACUUCCCUGCUGCUGUAAAGGUCGAAGCUAUCAACCUCGACCCCUCAAGUGAGAUAUCAGCUACAGAUUCCGCAUGGAAAGACAUUGUGGGUGAAACUCCUGCUGGACCAGGUAAAGAACACGAGUUCUCUCUUGCUAAUGGAUUGGCUACGAUUACAAAAGAUGAACUUUUCACCCAUGUUAAACUUGUAAUGAUUCCUGAUGGAGGUGUUAAAAGACUCAGGAUUUUUGGUACUAGAGUAUAA